GUAUUGCAAGGGAUCGAGCUAGGGGCGGAACGCCCAGAUGGUUGCAGAUAGAAAUACAACUCUUAGAACGAUUACAGGAUUCGUACACAAUAUUGGAAUGAUGAAUGCAUACAUUUCUAUCUUCGGUGUUCUGAAAUUUGCUUCCACUGCCCCUCUUGGCUGACAAGACCAACUGCAUUUCCUAUUCAAACAAGGCCGUCCGACGCAGUAGUGUACGAUUGAAGCUCGCGCAUUAUUUGGCUAGAUUCUUGAUUUCGAAGCAUUUUGAGAAAGUCUUUGUGCUGAUGUCAGUUAGUUUUUAGUGAAUUUUCUUUUUUCAGCAGUCUUCCAUUUUACUCGACGUGGUUGAGACGCCGCCGUUUUGUCUUCAUCAAGAAUACUGACGGCAUCAUCAUCUUUGAAAUCAUAAUCUAAUGAUUCAAAUUUAGAUUACAUCUGUCGCUGGCAUCUAUUCCAUCCACGCGCUGGCCGAAAUGUAUCUACUGACGUUUUGUUCCAUUUGAGAGGUGUGUGUUUGUGCAUGUCUGUGAUGGUAACGUCCGGUGUGUGAGGCCUGUGAGUGAGGAGACCCACUGGCUCCUCCCCUUCAGGAUGUCUAAACCCCAGACAGAAACCUGGCCACCAGGGACAGAGUGUGUGGCCAAGUACAACUUUAAAGGCACGGCAGUGCAGGACUUGCCCUUCAACAAAGGAGAUGUCCUAACCAUCGUAGUAGUCACCAAGGACCCCAACUGGUACCAAGCCAAGAACAAGGCGGGUCAGAAGGGCACCAUCCCAGCAAACUAUGUUCAGAAGAGGGAAGGAGUGAAGCAGGGCGGCAAACUCAGCCUAAUGCCAUGGUUCCAUGGUAAGAUUACAAGAGAGCAGGCCGAGAGCCUCCUCAACCCCCCAGAGAUGGGUCUGUUCUUGGUGAGGGAGAGCACCAACUACCCUGGAGACUACACCCUGUGUGUCAGCUGUGAAGGAAAGGUGGAGCAUUACCGCAUUGUCUACAAGGAGGGCAUGCUCAGCAUCGACGAGGAGGGUUUCUUUGAGAACCUCAUGCAGCUGGUCGAGCACUACACCAAAGAUGCAGAUGGCCUCUGCACCAAACUGAUCAAGCCCAAGCUGGAGGAGGGAACCGUGGCAGCCCAGGACGAGUUCUCCCGGAGCGGCUGGGCUCUGAACCGGAAGGAGCUCCACAUCCACCAGUCCAUAGGAAAAGGAGAAUUUGGAGACGUGAAGAUUGGAGACUACAGAGAUACCAAAGUGGCCGUGAAGUGUAUCAAGCACGAUGCCACAGCACAGGCCUUCAUCGCCGAAGCUUCAGUCAUGACGCAGCUGAGACAUAAAAAUCUGGUCCAGUUGAUAGGUGUCAUCGUUGAGGAGAAGGGAAGCUUGUACAUUGUCAGCGAGUUCAUGGCCAAGGGUUGUCUAGUGGAUUACCUUCGCUCCAGAGGUCGUACGGUGCUUGGCGGAGACUCUCUCCUCAAGUUCUCACUGGACGUUUGUGAGGCGAUGGAGUAUCUGGAGGCCAACAACUUUGUGCACCGGGACUUGGCGGCGCGUAACGUCCUGGUGUCGGACGACAACGUCGCUAAGGUUAGCGACUUUGGCCUGACCAAGGAGGCCUCGUCUAACCAGGACACGGCCAAACUGCCCAUCAAGUGGACCUCCCCCGAGGCCCUGAGGGAAAAGAAAUUCUCUACCAAGUCGGAUGUGUGGAGCUAUGGUGUCCUGCUCUGGGAGAUCUACUCCUUUGGCCGAGUGCCUUACCCCAGAAUACCUCUGAAGGACGUGGUACCUCGUGUCGAGAAGGGCUACAGGAUGGAAGCUCCCGACGGCUGUCCCGAGGUUGUCUAUGAGGUCAUGAAGCAGUGCUGGACCCUUGACCCAGUGGUGAGACCCAGCUUCCGAGUCCUGAGAGAAAAGCUGAGGAAUAUCCUGGACAAGGAGCUCUAUCUGUGAGAGAAUAUGCAGAGAAGGAGAAGACAAGGAGCAUGCAUCUCCUUUCAUUCAGGAAGUGGAGGAGAAAAAUGUGUGUGGGGGGGUGUACAAGAUUGGGGUAGAGGGAUGCUAAGAGAAAAAAGAAAGAUGGGCCAGGAUUGUGAUGGGACCACGGGCUGACAUUAUCAUACAUUUCCAUCGGAUUGUUUCCUGGCUUUCUGACUUAAUGUUUUUUUUUUUUUUU